AUGGCAACCGAGUUUACUAAGUUUCCGGAAUUGCCAUUGGAGCUACAACGCAAGAUCUGGAGGUUCUGUACCAUGGAAGAUCGUGUCAUGGAGCUUGACUGCCCAGAUUCGGAACACAUCAGGACAAAGUGUGUCAUGAAAUUGACAUCCCACGCAAACGCACAACAGCCAGCAUACAGUCUAGUAUGUCAUGAGGCGCGAGAUGCCGCACUUAUAGAUGCCGGACACUUAUGGAACCUACACAAGUUGUGGAAAGCAAAAGUUUUCGAGCAGAAGCCAGAUUGGGAGGACCCAUGCCUGCUCCAGAAUCCGUGGUUUAACCCCGGAAAAGAUAUCCUGCAUCUCAAUUGGGAUCCGGAUCACGCGGAGGGCUGUUAUAUAUCUGAUGAUGAUAGACCCCAUCGAACUCUCAUUGCGUAUGCUAAAAUCGCUCGGGGAGGCUCGUUCAUGGCAGCUCUUGUGCACCGUUUCGUGAAGAUACCGGCGGGCCUGGAGGCGAGCGAUCGGUGGUUCUUUACUCAACCUCGAAUAGAUGAAAUCAAGGACAACUUUCCACUCAUCGAGCAAAUGAACGGUUUCAAAGUCUGUCUCACGGUCAUAACUAUUCAUGCAACAGCCAAACAGGUUGUUGACGCUCAGCUGUUCGGGAGUUCGGCGGCACCGGUCCAACUUGUCGACACCUCGGACCAAGAGACCAUUCGUCGCAUGUACGAAUUAUGGUUUACGACUUUUCUCGACGAUGCCAUGUUAAAGGACCCUGAGCCUGCGGAAAUAUUCGAAGAAAUGAUUCUCACCCCCGAUGACUUCGAGACUCGUGUCUGCAAAUGGCAUGAGGGGUAUGAAUGUAAUUGGCUCUGGUACAAAUGGACCGAAAAAUGUCGCAAUGGGACUUUGAAUAGUAUUUAUUUACCUGGAGAUGUCUGGACUGAGUCAGACUCUAGUCCCAUAGGACUACGAAAUACGGGCCUUUAUCCGCAAACUACAUGGAUGCCCGGCCAAGACUUCAACAGGACGCACCCGUGGGUUCAAUCUAUACUCGACGAGAUGCCUCGUUUUCAUCCUGUCAUCAUGUUCAGAUUCUGUGAAGCCAAGUGCCACGAUCGAGUCAUAGUGCCAUAUGAUCCUUCAACAUAG